AUGGCCUUCCGACUUUUGGCGGGCAUCACUGGGCGCCAGAUAUUGGCUGGCGGCGCAGCGCUUGGAGGAACAGGCCUCGCUGGAUCACUGAUUCAGACAGAAAGUGAGAAGCUGCAGGCUACUGAGGCACAAGUACAGUUCCAUACCUCCUCCAUUCAUCCAACUCCUGUUGGCUAUAGCCCGUGGCAAAUCCGCAAUGACUAUCCAACCUCGGACAUUCUCAAGGCGAGCCUCAAGGCACAGAAGGAUGAUUCACUACCCCAUGCACCCUCCCCAUUGAUCCCUGCCCCCGGAUUACCUGGUGACUUUGAGGGCAAGGAUGCGCCGUGGUUCAAAUACGACUACGAGAAGGAACCUGAGAAGUUUGCUGAGGCCAUCAGAGAGUAUUGUUUUGAUGGCAAUGUCGAGAAAGGGUUUCGACUCAAUGAGAACACAGUCCGAGACUGGUACCACGCACCUUGGAUGCAUUAUCGGGACCCAGACCCAAAAUCGUCGUGUACCGAGCGUGAACCCAUCAAUGGCUUCACAUUCGAGAGAGCGACACCUCCCGGGGAGUUUGCUAAGACACAAAAUGUGGCCCUACAAAAUUGGGCAGUUGGAUUUUACAAUGCUACUGGUGCCACUGUUUUUGGCGAUAUGUGGAAGGACCCCGAUAACCCUGACUUCUCUCAGAACAAAGAGUUUCCCGUAGGAACAUGUGUUUUCAAGAUUUUAUUGAACAACUCGACACCUGAGCAGAUGCCCAUUCAAGAUGGGGCCCCAACGAUGGAUGCAGUCAUUUCCAAGUCAACCAACAACGGCAGAGAUCGAAAUGACUUCGCAUCGCCACUUCGUCUAAUCCAGGUCGACUUUGCUGUCGUCGAUAAGCGCUCACCAAUUGGAUGGGUCUUUGGCACCUUCAUGUAUAACAAAGACCAUCCUGGAAAAGGCGUGAGUACACCCCCAAUAGCCAAGGACAAUUUGCUUAUGCUAACCUCGUUAUCAAUUCUCAGCCCUGGGACAGACUCACUCUUGUUGGUCUCCAGUGGGGUAAUGAUCAUUGGUUUAUCGAACAAGGUCUACGAGGAGACCAAGGCUGAGGGACACGUAGCUAAGCCGCGAGAGUGCUAUAUCAACAAGGAAGCAGAGAAGAUUCGAAAGCGAGAGGGUGGCACACGACCCUCAUGGGGAUGGAAUGGCCGUAUGAACGGCCCAGCCGACAACUUCAUCUCGGCAUGUGCCUCUUGUCACUCAACCUCAACCUCCCAUCCCAUGUACAAUGGCAAGGUCAAGGACGGCGUGAAGCAAGUCUACGGCAUGGUACCGCCACUGACUAUGACGCCUUCUCCCCAGCCAAAGCCAGGCAACACCUUCAGCGAUGUGAUGCUCUACUUCCGAAACGUCAUGGGAGGUGUACCAUUCGACGAGGGCGUCAACCCCAAGAAUCCGGAUGAGUAUGAUCCUAGCUACAAGAGCAAGGUCAAGAGCGCCGACUACUCCCUGCAGUUGCAGGUCGGUUGGGCUAACUACAAGAAGUGGAAGGAGGAUCAUGAGACUUUGGUGCAGAGUGUCUUCCGCAAGACAAGAUAUGUUAUUGGUUCCGAGCUGGCUGGUGCUUCCGAUCUGUCACAGAGAGACCAAGGUCGACAAGAGCCAACAGACGAUGGUCCAGUCGAGUGA